UCACAAAAAAUGGCGUCGUGAAUUCCGUGAGAAAAGAAAAUGCAUGUUGUUCCCCCAAAGAGAAGCGAGUGAAAUGUGAGAUUAGGCCCAAGGCAUGCAAAAGAAGCCCAUCCCAGGCAGGAAACUAGACCGAAGUCUUGGGAAGCGGACAUGGCGGCGGCGGCGACGGCAGCACCCGCGACGUCCAGCGGGAAUGCGAGUGGUGCACCUGCUCCACUGCCCUCGACGGCCCCUGGCGGAGGAGGGGGCGUGGCAGGUGGUGUGGGAACAAGUGCCCAGUUCCGGGAAAUACACAAGAAUACAUGGCUCAAGCGGCUGACGGCGGAUGGCAAGCGUUUGACCGUGGGUCCCAAGAAAUCCGAAUGCAGCUGGGUGGUUUUCUGCGUCCACGACGACACGGAGGCCCUGCUGGAGGGCUAUGCGGAACCGCGUCAGGCAGCUGGACAUCUGCCCGAGUGGGCCGUUUCUCUGCGGGAAACUCUACACAUCUCCCAUGCCCUCAUCCCCAACUCGCAUGAGUUCGAGUUUGUGGUCACGCUUAGCCACGAGGUGUUGCGCUUCCAUGCCGUCUCUUGGGAGAUUAUGCAAGAGUGGGUGGAAACGCUGCGCUCCAAGCUGCGCGAAAUGAAGAUUCUGUCGCCGCGCGAAAACCUCUACACGAAGCUACCUGAAGUGCGCGCUCCGUUGCUGCCCACAAGGGAUCCUACAUCGCCACUGCCUCCGCCGCCUCCAGUUCCGGCCGCUCUGGUGCCGGGAGUGGAGCGCGUGGUGGCUGCAAGUCAUCAGGCACAGUCAGCACCACCACCUCCUGAGCAGCCCUCCAGUCCUGUGGCCACCACGCCCGCUCCUCCUGCCCCAGCUCCGGCUUCCAUGUCCAACACUUUGACGCAGCACCUUCUCAACAUGCUCUCCGAUCCCAUCAGCACCUACAGCGAGCAAAUCAGUGAGUCAGUGGAGCCAGGCUCUGGGCAGGAGGAUGGAGCGGGAGCUGGGGGAGUCGUAGAGGAGCAACCGUCCAGCAGCGAUGCUGAUCUGAAUCUCUCGGACGAUGAAUAUCUGUCGCCCCUGCUGCGCAAGGCUUGUGUGCUUACCGAUAAUGGAGUACGCGUAGACGUUGUGGCAGCCACUGCACAGCGUGCUUCUGCCGAUCAAAUCCUGAAUUUGGAGCAUAUGCUGCAAUGCGAACGGCUGAUUCCCAGACCUCAAACAUCAAGGUCCAUGUCCGCUGGCGCGGCUGACAAAUCAAAGAGACCGCCCCGUAAACCUCUCCACACACAAUCCUCCACUGCCGCAGUCGCGAAGAAUGAGGAUUCUCAGGACAAUGUCACAAUCAUCCAGGUGUCGAACAUCAGCCACAAUGGCCAGGAGCAGCCGCCCGAACUACCGCCCAAGAACGUCACGACAGCCGAGGUGUUUCGUUUUCCAGAGGUGAAGACCAAGUCCCAGACGAAUGCCAAUCAACAGUCAUCUCAGCCCCAUCACGAGUAUAAAAGCAACGUACAAAUCAUUCCGUCCAAUGCCAGUAGCAGUACCAGUACCAUCCAAGUCCUGGGCAAACAGCCCAGCAACAGUAAUCCCUAUACAACGCCUGUUAAGCAAAGCUCUUCGAAUAGCGCGAGUUCACAGGUUUCCGGCACCACGAAAGUAAAGGUGCUGGGUGACGGCGAGGCCACCACCACGGUGGCAGUCUACGGCACCUGCUAUCCAGCGCAUGGCGUCAGUGCCACCACCUCCUCCGCCGCCUCUUCCUCUACUGUUCCUGCCAAGCCGCAGACGCCGAGAUUAAGUAAGAAGAUAAUACUCAGUGCCAACACCUCGGGCAUUACGAAUAUUAGUGUGAACAGUGAACAGGGCAGCGACUCCAUAAUCAGUGGAAACGUGCACUACGAAAAGGUCUUCCUCUCCUCAAGCAUUCCCAUAACCAGCAGAAGCAGUCCCACAAGAGCGGCAAGCAGUAAUCCCGUUCAGCCGGUGGUUAAUGGAAGUCCAGCUUUGCCACGCCGCCGGUUGGCUUCACCGGCGACUACACAGCCAGUAACUCCCAGUGCAGCAGUAAGACCGACUCCGCAGUUGACACGAGGUCUUACCGAACUGGUGAUUAGUUCGCGACCUAGCAGAAGGGAUUUCCACUACCUGAAGCUGCUGAACACUCCGCUGAAAACCAAGACAACUAGUAAAUCAACGAGCGUCGCGAAUAACAACAUUGAACAGCAACCGACUUCCACUUCAACCAGUGCCCAAGUAACGCCAGGGCAAAGGAACAGCACCUCAACUACAACGGAUGAUAGCCAGGAGCAGCGCCGGCGCAGCUCGUCCACCUCCGAUGCUCAGGCGCCCCUUCAGCGGAUCCCACAGCAAGUAACGCAACGAAACGCCAACAACAACGAGUUUACGCCAUCCCGAAACGGAGCUUUUCGCAUGCAGCCACCGCCACAGGGAGCACCUCCGUCUAGUACCAAUCCCGCCCAGCAGUCGCCCAAUAAGCGAUUGACCCUGCGGGAGCAGCAGGUAAUGCAGCUACGGCGGGAAAUUAUGCAUCCGGGUGGAGUACGAUUGAAUCUAAGGCGCAAGGAUUGCGUGGGCUCCAUUGCCUGGGUAGAUGCCUUCGGAGGCGUUUGGAUUGCGGGCUGGAAGCAAAAGGAGCAUCCUGUUCUAUAUAAUGCCCUUCACAUCGGAGAUCAGUUACUCUCCAUAGCAGGCGUGAAUAUCAGCAGUGCUGCGGAGGCCAACAAGAUAAUCAGGAACACCAACACGCUAUUUGUUGAGGUCUUGCUUCGACGCAUUCCGUUUGGUCGGGCUUAUGCCAUUCGACGUGACCGAGAGGGUCAGUGUCUGGGGCUGAUUCGGGAUGGAAACACUUCGACAAUCGUGGAUGUUGUGCCAAACAGCUUGGCCGCACGACAUGGCCUUCCACCCAAGACGCAAUCGUGCGAUGGCAGCUCACUAACCUUCUGGAUGUUGACCGAAAUCAAUGGUCGUUCACUGAAUCUGUUCUUCAAGGAUCUGGAGAUACGCGAUCGCCUGAACUCGGUGGGCAGGGACAUAUCAAUUUUGGUGCAACCGUCGGAUUUGAUAACCAAGCUGAAGAAGCAGCUGAAGUCCCUGCGCGGCUACAAGGAUUACUUAGUGCAGUAGUCCCCAGCAAUAACGAUCGAUUCCAUAUAACCACACAUAACUCGUAACUGUAAUAAGUUGCUAUACGCGAAUCAAUUUCGAAUAGCUCUCGGCCAGUAAUCAUUCCAUUUUCGCGUAUAUGUCAAUGAACGGAUCCCCUAUAUAGUCAACUAGAACUGGUAGAAUCAUUUCGCUAUAUUACGUACUACACACCACACUUACUAUGAUCGAAACUACUUAAAGGACUUAGGAGUAGCGUUGAGGAACAUAUACAAAAACAACCUAUAUAUAUUUUUGCAAAAUUUUAUAUGAACUCAUACAUAUAUAUACAAAUCGAACAUAUAUAUAUCUAUAUACACCACUGUAUAGCUGACACUUUGAAAAGGGUUACCAAAUUUACACCUCGAAUUUGUUUAGAUGCGGAAAAGUUAUAAGAAAUUUACAACAUGAAAUUCAAGUAUUUUAGGUUAACAUAUACACGCGUAUCACACAAACCUGUGCAACUUAGUAUCCUUAUGCAAUAUUGGAGUGCCUCUGAUUUUGUUCAUUGAUGUUGUUUUCUUUCAUGUUUCCAUUUGUUUCGUGCGAAAAGACAAAAGCAUCUGUCGUAACUUUUAAGAUGUGAUAAAAAUGAGUACUCAAAUUUAGGCAAUUUUUAACGGUACAUUUGUAAAUGCUUUUUGAUUUAUUUUAUAUAUAAGUUUCAGUGGGUAAUUUCGACAAACAUAUUAUUAUUACUGAUGUAACGACCUUGAGAAACAUUCAUUAAAGCAAUUCCACACAAAUCA